AUGACCACCUUAAACCACACUGGCAUUAGCCACACAGUCUUCCACUUGWUGGGCAUCCCUGGCCUAGAGGAGCAGCACAUGUGGAUUUCCAUUCCCUUCUUCAUUUCCUAUGUCAUUGCCCUGCUUGGGAACAGCCUGCUCAUCUUCAUUAUCCUCACAAAGCGUAGUCUCCAUGAACCCAUGUACCUCUUUCUUUGCAUGCUGGCUGGAACAGACAUUGUCCUCUCCACCAUCACAGUACCUCAGGCCUUGGCCAUCUUCUGGUUCCAUGCUGGAGAGAUUUCCCUGGAUUGCUGCAUCACUCAGGUCUUCUUCGUCCAUUCCACCUUUGUCUAUGAGUCAGGGAUCUUGCUGGUGAUGGCAUUUGAUCGCUAUAUUGCCAUUUGCUACCCACUGAGAUAUACCACUAUUCUUAAAAAUUCUAGGAUUAGAAAAAUUGGAGUGGCUCUCUUUCUGAGAAGUUAUGGUACCAUAUUCCCUAUAAUAUUUCUUCUGAGAAGAUUGACUUUCUGCAAACAUAAUAUUAUUCCACACACCUGUUGUGAACACAUUGGCUUGGCCAAAUAUGCUUGUAAUGACAUUCGAGUAAACCUUUGGUAUGGUUUUUUCAUCCUAAUGGCAACAGUGGUCUUAGAUGUUGUGCUAAUUUUUGUUUCCUAUGUGCUGAUUCUUUGUGCCAUCUUCCGAAUGCCUUCUCAAAAUGCUCGCCACAAAGCCCUCAACACAUGUGGCUCCCACAUCUGUGUCAUCAUCCUGUUUUAUGGGCCUGGAAUCUUCACAACCCUUACUCAGCAGUUUGGACGCCACAUUCCACCUCAUAUCCAUAUCUUGCUGGCUAAUGUCUGUAUUCUGGCUCCACCUAUGCUGAACCCCAUCAUUUAUGGGAUAAAGACCAAACAAAUCCAGGAGCAGAUUGUCCAUAUGUUUAUAAGGCAGAAGUAA